AUGGCGGUGGAAGGCGGAAUGAAGUGCAUCAAGUAUCUCAUCUUUAUCUUCAACUUGAUAUUCUGGCUCUGUGGGAUUGCUCUCAUAGGACUGGGCAUCUAUGUGCAGAUUUAUCUUAACAAAACGCUGACCAUAAGCAAUGUUUCCACAUCGGGGGCUCCUAUAGUUCUUAUUGUAGUUGGGGUCGUCAUCUUCUUCAUUUCAUUCUUUGGAUGCUGUGGAGCUGUAAAGGAGAACUACUGCAUGGUGACUACGUUUGCUGUUCUGCUGGGUGUAAUCUUCCUGGUUGAAAUAGCUGCUGCAAUUGCCGGAUAUGUUUUCCGCAAUAUAAGGUUCAGGAUGUCUACAAAGAUGCCUUAAACAACAGCAUAAGCAAAUACAACACCACAAAAGAAGCAAAAGAUUCAAUAGAUGAUAUUCAGAGAACUUUCGAGUGCUGUGGUGCCAAUAGCUCCAGUGACUGGAAUAACUAUGCUCCUUUCAAAGACAAGGGCACAUAUCCUGACACAUGCUGCAAGGUCAUUGUAACUGGCUGCGGCACGAAUUCAACCAACAUUAACACAAUUGGAUGUAUUCAGGGUAUCGAUAAUUGGAUGAAAAGGAAUGUAGGCAUCAUUGCUGGCGUGGCCCUGGGAAUUGCUUUCUUUGAGAUCUUGGGCAUAGUCUUUGCUUGCUGCUUGAUGAAGGGAAUUCGCAGUGGAUAUGAAGUGAUGUGA